CUUGUGUUCUAUUCACUCUCGCCUGACGCCCUUUGACUGGUCAUAAACCCAAUCCAUAGACGUCUGGAUCACUGGCCCUUGGUGUCCUACUGUAUUGUGAGGAGUUAGAAUGCAUAUCUUCAGAUUGUGCUGAUGUCUGACUCCAGGAACGUGUGAACCACCCGUGGUAGUGACCUUGCGGUAUGAGUGGGCAUCCAUAUUCAAGUAUUCCUUUCCCUGAGUAAAAUGGAUUCGUCUGGACGAAGCUUGCCAUGUAUUUCUCGCGUGAAAAGUGCAUGGCGACUAGCCACUGCAGUGCACUGUCCCACAUGAGUGCUCGUGCCUGCCAGUCAAGUUCCGCUAAAGCGCAAAAGUACGUCUAUCUGAAAACCUGGAUCCAUUCCCAGCUUAAGAUCGUCAGCCUCAAGAGCAACAUAUGACGCUGCAACUUUCUGAACAAAAAGACCGUUCAUGUGACCUUGUGAGAGAGGAGCAACCGUGCAGUAACCUCAGAUGGCUGAGACAGGAGCAAUCUGACACUAGGCGGUGCUCGGAUGAGUCGAUAAGAGGUCGCCGAGCUGGAAUGAGCUCUGUCCCUGAGAGGACGAUCGUAUGCAAGCAAGCAGACCCUGGAACCAUCAUACUGGACUCUACCUCUCAACACCGCCUCACCGCAAGCGAAAAGACUUCAAAACACACAGUAACAGUACAUAUUUCCGACUUUGCGAGCGCGUUUCUCCAGCGCCUUGGCGCAUCGCGACCGUAUCUCGGAGUCGGCGGUGAGGCUGCGGUGAGGCGUUCAGCCUCCUCGCGCAAAGAAGGGGUCAGCGGUGAGUGCCAGCGCCUAGCGAGGGGAGAACCAGUGUAUGGGGAUGCGUUGUGCGACGCGUAAAUGAACGAAUGGGUCCAGGCUGCUUGCAUGUAACCUUGACGGUGGCAUAGGGCUGCGUGGUGUUGAGGGAGAGGACGGAGUACUGUGUGUAGAGCAGCGACAGACGAGCGAAUAGGCCUACAGGCGCAGAGAGUGCAUGAGAGCUGGUCACUGCAGGGUGUUAUCUGUGAUGGCUUUGGAAACUCCAACCUGAAGGGGAAGCAAAGGGCGACGGUGUGGUGGUUCCGUUGACAGCUGGGGAAUGCGAUCGAUCGAUGGUUGGUCGGCUUGCAGUCCCGCACGGAAUACGGAAACAGUGCGAUUGAUAUGGUACAAGUGCUCGCACAUCAUUUCUAAGAGAUCAGUGAUGUAUGACGACACUUCAGGUCGAGACUCUGGUUACGGUCCUUUUUGACCACGCCAUAAGCAGGAGACAAUGAUGCGGGGAAGAACCAUUAUGAUUCAUCAC